ACUUAUUAGGAGUUCAUGAAGCAACCUUGCGAAAGCACGCUUUCAAAGGUGUUUCAGAAUGAGCGAGAGUGAUGCUCUUUUCGAUGACGUUUAUGAACUUCAUGAAAUUAUUGGAAAAGGGCCUUUCAGCGUUAUACGACGAUGUACUCGUAAAGAUACUGGUACUGAGUAUGCAGUUAAAAUAGUCGAUGUUGUAAAGUUUACAAGUAGUCCAGGACUUUCUACAGCAGAUCUAAAACGUGAAGCAAGUAUAUGUCACUUAUUGAAGCAUCCACAUAUUGUUGAAUUAGUCGAAACUUACAGUAGUGAUGGAAUGUUAUACAUGAUAUUUGAAUAUAUGAAAGGUGCUGACUUGGCAUUUGAAAUUGUGAAACGUGCAACAGCUGGAUUUGUUUAUAGUGAAGCAGUGGCAAGUCAUUAUCUACGACAAAUUCUAGAAGCUAUACAUUAUUGUCAUGAAAAUAAUAUUAUUCAUCGUGAUUUAAAACCACAUUGUGUUGUUUUGGCAAAUAAAGAGAAUUCAGCACCGGUUAAACUUGGUGGUUUUGGUCUAGCCAUACAUCUAAAUUUGGAUACAAAUCAAGUGAAUGGAGAUUCACCAAUCACGGUUGAUCAAGAAAUUUUUGUUUCUCUACGUUCUGAUCAGUGUGGUCGCAUUGGAACUCCACAUUAUAUGGCUCCUGAAAUGAUUCGUCAUGAACCAUAUGGAAAAGCUGUAGAUGCAUGGAGUUGUGGUGUUUUAUUGUUUCUUCUACUUAGUGGUUCUUUACCGUUUUAUGGAACACGAGAUGUUUUAUUUACACAAAUAGUCUCCGGACGUUAUCAUCGUCAACCUCAAGUAUGGAAUAUGAUAUCAACGGAAGCAAGAGAUUUAGUAUCACGUUUAUUAGAAGUGGAUCCAACACAAAGAUUAACAAUUGAAGAAGCUUUACGUCAUCCAUGGAUAAGUCAAAAAGCUCGUGCAUCUAAAACACAUCUACAUGAAACAGUUGAAGAAAUGAGACGUUUUAAUGCUAGACGUAAACUUAAGGGGGCUAUUCUAGCUGCUGUUUCAAGUACAAAAUGGGCAAGCUUCUACACUGAGCCAAAUAUUCUCUCUGAUGAUGAUAUUUUAGAUGAAGAUGAUGAAGUCACAUCAGCUGCUGUCAGCGCUGUAUUGGACAGUUUUGAAGAGAUGCAAUGUCUUACAGAAUGUUUUGAAAAAGAUUCUGAUCUAUUCCAUCCAGUAUUUGAAGAUGAACAUUUACAUUGUUUAUUAGAGCUCUAUGACCAUAUUAACACACAUUCACCAGGCAGUGAUUUUCAUGUUCCUGCUGAUGCAACAGAAAUUUGGGCUAAAGUAUUAACCGAAUUAUCCAUAUUGAAUAAAACAGAAAUGGCAUCAACUGUUGAAGAAUUAAAAUUUUAUAUGAAACAACCUCAUUUUCGUGCAUUAUUACAAACAUAUGAUGUAAUAGCUCAAGAAGUUUAUGGCUCUGAAGCUAUUCGUGUUACUCCACCUCCAUUAUCAUCAUUUUUAAAUGGUGAUGAAGAUGAUCAUAUGGAAUCAGAUACAGAUCAACCACAAGUAACACGUGUACGUUUAGUACAAUUUCAAAAGAAUACAGAUGAACCAAUGGGUAUUACUUUAAAAUUAAAUGAAGAGAAUAAAUGUAUUGUUGCAAGGAUUCUACACGGUGGAAUGAUACACCGACAAGGUACUUUACAUGUUGGAGAUGAGCUACGUGAAAUUAAUAAUGAACCGGUAGCGGGUCGAUCUGUUGAACAUUUACAACUUUUAUUGCGUAAUGCUCGCGGAAAUGUGAGUUUGAAAAUUAUUCCUAGUUAUAGAACACAUCCAUUACAAUGUGAAAUAUAUGUUCGUGCAAUGUUUGAUUAUAAUCCUGAAAAUGAUGAUUUAAUACCAUGUACACAAGCUGGUAUACAGUUUCAUAUUGGAGAUAUAUUACAAAUUAUUAGUAAAGAUGAUCAUAAUUGGUGGCAAGCUCGUUUAUGGGGUUCAGAUUGUCAAGCACCAGCUGGAUUAAUUCCUAGUCCGGAACUUCAAGAAUGGCGUAUGGCAAAUAAAGCAGCUGAAUUAUCACAUGAAAUGGGUAUUACACAUUGUGGUGCAUGGUUUAAACGUCGUAAACGUCAUUUUAAAGAUAAAUAUAAAAAUAAACAUUCAGCAAUUUAUGAUCAAUUAGAUUUAGUUACUUAUGAAGAAGUUGUUAGAUUACCACAAUUUCGUCGUAGAACAUUAGUAUUACUUGGUGCACAUGGUGUUGGACGACGUCAUAUUAAAAAUUGUUUAAUUCAAUCAUCACCUGAUAAAUUUGCAUAUCCUAUUCCUCAUACAACACGUACACCACGUAAAGAUGAAGUGAAUGGGAAAAAUUAUUACUUUAUAUCCCAUGAUGAAAUGAUACGUGAUAUUGCUAAUAAUGAAUAUUUAGAAUAUGGUUCACAUGAAGGUGCAAUGUAUGGUACAAAAUUAGAUACAAUAAGACAAAUACAUGCAACUAGUUUAAUUGCUAUAUUAGAUGUUGAACCACAAGCAUUGAAAAUAUUACGUACUGCUGAAUUUGCUCCAUGUGUUGUAUUUAUUGCAGCGCCAACUAUACCUAAUAUCACUAAUGGACAGCAUAAUAAUACUAUUACUAAUAAUAACAAUAAUAAUAGUAAUAAUAAUGAUGAAAGUCUUGAAAGAUUAACACGUGAAAGUGCAUUAUUAGAACAACAUUAUAGUCAUUUUUUUGAUUUAAAAAUUAUUAAUAAUGAUAUUGAAGAAACAAUUAUUCAACUUAAACGUAUUAUAGAUGAAUUUCAAAUUACACCACAAUGGAUACCAGUUACAUGGGUCUAUUAAAUAUGAUUCAUUGAAUAAUGAUGAUUAUUACAUUUGAUAUGAAUAAUGUUACAACUAGAUGGAUGAUUUUCUUUUAAACUUCUAAUUAUUCCCCUAUAUCAAUGAGCUGGCUUCGUCACAUAGAAUAUGGUGUUUUCUACUUCAAUUCUUCUAUUGUGUUUUCGGCGUCUCCAUUCAGUGACAUCUGAUUUUGAACAUUUACACUUCUGCUAUUGUUCUUUUAUUGUUUCUAUGAUAAGUGUAGAGUUUUCAGACUAUUAAUCCCUUUUUUGUCUCUCCUAUUCAUACUUCAACUUUUGACUGUGUUGUUUGGAUACCUCACAGUAUUUAUAUUAUUGUCUUUUUUACUGUUUAUUUUUCUUUAAAAAAAAUCAAAGGAAACUUUGUCAUUUUGUAGGGUUAAUCAAAUAUGUGAUGAAAUACUCCUUUUUUCAACAAACAGAACCCCACCCCCAGUAAACUAUAAUCUCUAAUCAGAAUUUGUCAUUCUAUUGCAUUUCUCUGUACAUAAUAUAGCCAUCUUAAUGAUGUUACUGCUCUUUUUUGUUGUUGUUGUUUAUCUACCUACUGAAUUAGUAUUAAGUAGUAUUAAAAUCUUUCUUCAUAGUUUACUUCACGUGAUCAGCAGUAAUUUAAUUCAUUGAAUCUUGAUCAUAACAUUAUAACUUUGUUAAUAUUUACUUCCUUUGUUUGUUUGUUUUUUCUUCUUUUUUAAAAUAAAAACAAGACAUUUUGUUUUUGAGUUUUACUUUACGGUGUGUUAUCAAGUUCUAAUUUUAUUUUGAAUGAUUUCGGUUUAUAAUUUCUUUUAUCUGCAUUCACUUUAAGUGCGAAUAAAGUUAAGUAUUGGUUGAAAAAAUUAUAUCCUUUAUGAUGGUGAAGAU